UCCUGCCCCCGCUGCCCCUUUUGCCCCUUUUGCCCUUCCGGAGCCCCCGCUGCCCUCACCCCCCCGCAUCCCUGCAGUGAAACUGGCACUAGGCCCCGCAAACCAUAAAUGUGCCAAUACAACAAAAAGGACGGUCUUCCGGAGUAGAAAAUGCAAUCCCGACUGUGAAUUCCACACUGACGUCUUAUCAGCCACGCAUCCGAUAAGCCGAUAAGUGAAUUUCGCAGUGAGCCGAGUCUUCCGUCGUGAAGGAGAGAGAAACACUUGAUUAUAGUCUUUCUGCAGCGAAAGAAGAUGUCCUUAUUUAAAGCCCGGGAUUGGUGGUCGACCACGCUGGGAGACCAAGAAGAAUUUGAUCAAGGGUGUCUGUGCGUCGCCGAUGUCGACAAUAGCGGAAGCCAACACAAUAAAAUAAUCGUGGGCAGUUAUAUGGGUUACCUCAGAGUCUUUUCCCCCCAUCCUGUGAAAACGGGAGAAGGAGCACAAGCUGAAGAUUUGCUCUUAGAAGUAUAUUUACAAGACCCGAUCCUGCAAGUGGAAGUGGGGAAAUUUGUUUCUGGCACAGAGCUGCUUCAUCUGGCUGUGCUUCAUCCUAGAAAAUUGUGCGUGUACUCCGUCUCAGGUACUUUGGGUAAUGUGGAACAUGGGAACCAGUAUCAAGCCAAGCUUAUGUAUGAACACAAUCUUCAGCGAACAGCCUGCAAUAUGACUUACGGAUCAUUUGGCGGCGUGAAAGGUCGAGAUUUAAUCUGCAUUCAGUCGAUGGAUGGGAUGCUUAUGUUGUUUGAGCAGGAGAGCUAUGCCUUUGGCCGAUUUCUACCUGGUUUUCUUCUUCCCGGCCCUCUCACUUACAAUUCCCGGACAGAUUCCUUCAUUACUGUUUCUUCAUGUCGACAGGUUGAGAGUUACAAGUACCAAGUGCUGGCAUUUGCAACGGAUGCAGAUAAGAGGCAGGAGACAGAACAGCAAAAACUUGGUUGUGGAAAGAGAUUGGUGGUGGAUUGGACUUUGAACAUUGGAGAGCAGGCCCUGGAUAUCCGAAUCGUCUCCUACAAUCAGUCGUCCUCCUCUGUUUUCGUUCUUGGGGAGAGAAACUUCUUUUGCCUGAAGGAUAAUGGACACAUUCGAUUCAUGAAGAAACUUGAUUGUAGUCCAAGUUGCUUCCUCCCAUAUUGCUCAGUGUCCGAAGGAACGAUAAACACUCUGAUUGGAAACCAUAAUAACAUGCUGCAUGUUUACGAGGACGUGACAUUGAAGUGGGUCACUCAGCUUCCACACAUUCCUGUGGCAGUAAAAGUGGGCUGUUUGCAAGGCCUCAAAGGGGUGAUAGUGACUCUGAGUGAUAAUGGCCACCUGCAGUGCUCCUACCUUGGUACCGACCCCUCUCUGUUCCAAGCUCCGAAAGUGGGGUCGAGAGAGAUAAACUAUGAAGAGCUCGACGUGGAAUGGAAAGCGCUGCAGAAAACCAUCAAGGAAGUUUCCAAAACCCAAGGUACUUUGCCCCCAGCUGAGAAAGAAGACGACUUGGCUGUUCUCGCAGUGGUUUCGCCUAGCCCGGAUGCCAUUUCACAAGCCAUCGAGAGCAAGGUGGAUAUGGAGACCGUCCCUUCCGUCACAGUGAAGGUCAUCCUGCAGAGCCGGGUGGCACUGAAGAAAGUCAAGUUAUCCAUCUGCGUCCAGCCUCCAUUAGCGCUGACCCACGAUCACUUUAUCUUUGAUUCCAUGGAGCCAGAGAUAUCUAAAACGGUAGCCCUAUCCGUCUUUCUGAAGGAAAAUCACCCACCAGCAGAACUGGAAGGAUGUGCUUUAGUCUCUUACAGCACACCGACAGAUCUCAAUCCUGAUGGUAUCCCUCGGGUUAUCCAAAGCAAAUUUCGCCUGCCUCUCAGGUUAAUAUGCUUUCCAGCUCAACCUUCCAAAACUGCAAACUACAAAGUAACUAUCGAUACCAACAAACCUCCAGUGAAUCUGUUCAAUCUCUUCCCAGACUUUACCGACGCCUCGGACGAUGAUCAGGUGAACGUGCUGGGAUUUCAUCUGAUAGGCGGUUCCGUAGUCACUCUUCUCGCUUCGAAGACUUCUCAACGAUACAGAAUCCAGAGUGACCAGUUCGAAGACCUGUGGCUGAUAACGGAAGAGCUUACGCUUCGUCUUAAAGAGCAUUUUGAGAAGCAGGAAAUGAAAGAUUUUACGUGUUCCUUUUAUGGGACUAUUCCUCUCCAAGAAUUCUUUGAAUUAAUUGAUCGCCAUUUUGAGCUGCGGCUGAAUGGGGAAAAAUUAGAAGAACUGUUGUCAGAAAGAGCCGUACAGUUCCGAGCCAUUGAACGGCGACUGCUGACAAGAUUCAAGGAUAAAACUCCCGCUCCUCUCCAACACCUGGAUACCUUGUUAGAUGGAACCUACAGGCAGGUAAUAGCUCUAGCAGACGCGGUGGAGGAAAACCAAGACCAUCUGGCCCAGGCGUUCACCAGAUUGAAGAGCGCCACCCAUCUGAUGAUCCUGCUGAUCGGGCUGUGGCAGAAGCUCAGCGCUGACCAAGUCGCUAUUUUGGAAGCGGCCUGUUUACCACUGCAGCACGACGCUCGAGAGCCGGGUUGGGAAGAAACUGUGGAUGCCGCCGUCUCUCACCUGUUGAAAACCUGCCUGUCCAAGAGUUCAAAGGAUCAGGCCUUGAACCUCUCUGGCCAACUGAGUAUGCCCAAGGACACGAGUCGGUUGAAGAAACACAUCACCUUGCUCUGCAACAGGUUAGCCAAAGGAGGCCGGCUCUGCUUGAGUGCUGACAGCGCGGCUCAGCCCACCGUUCUCGUGCCAGGUAGCUGUGCGACCAUCCCAGAGUCGGACCUAGAGGAGAAACCUUCGGAGCAGGACCCCCAAGCUGUAUUUCCCAACUACAAGCACCCCAGUCCUCAGAACCCCGGUUCAGAUUUCUAUCUCACAAAGAAUCCCUUCCACCUCUCCAAACCGGAACUUGCCAGGCAAGAGUUCCAAAUGCCAAAAAAUGACAAGAAAUGGAAUUCUUGGAAUUCCAUUUCGAGAACAGAACUCAGCCGGAACCAGAGCUGACCACCUCGUGCCAACAUAAUGACCUUUUGAGCGCUGUGAUGUCAGCGCACUGGCCUGUUUCGGGAUGCGUCCUACCCAAGACGAUAUAGUGAGGAAGUCUUAGGAGCCCCUGAUCCAGCAGGAGUGGACUUAAAUCGAGAAACCACCGUCAAUAAUCGUUCAGAUUAGGCAACCCAUGGAGGGAAAUAAGAGUCGGCCUCAUCGCAGUGCCACGUUGUAUUUGACGUCGGAUGGAAGGGGCGAGUUGCUUAUGACAUGGACUGGAAAACCAUCAGGAAAGAUUUGCUUUCCAGCCAAGCCGGCAACCGAGAAACCCGUUUUGGCCCUCUUAUCAGAACCGUUGCCCGCUGAACCUGAAAUAGUCUUCCCCAGACCUGCACGGUACUCUCCGGAGUUUUCCAUUUCCAGCCUUUGGCAGCUGUAUCCCCAAGUGUUUCCGCGGCUCCCCGUAUCUCUAACACUGUAAGAUAUCGGAAAAGCUUUUGCACACGA